UCAAGUGAGGGAAGGAGCUGGUGACCCCGCCCCAGACCACGCCCAGCCCCAAGCGGGAGAGCGGACUUUUCCGCCCGGAGCACUCAGCCGCAGGCAGGACGCGGGGCGCACGUCCCUUCGUGUUCAGCCGAACAGCCCCACACGAGCCCAGCCGCUGCUCACCAAGAAUGGAAAUCCCUCCGACCCACUACCCUGCCUCCAGGGCGGCCUCGGUGGUAGAGAGCUGCAUCAACUACCAGCAGGGGACCCCCCACAAGGUGUUUCUGGUGCAGACAGUCAAACAAGCCAGCCUAGAGGAUAUUCCAGGAAGAGGACAUAAGUAUCGCCUUAAAUUUUCUGUGGAAGAAAUUAUCCAAAAAGAAGUUACAGUGAACUGCACAGCUGAAGUACUGUACCCUCCAAUGGGACAAGACACUGCACCAGAAGUCAAUUUCACAUUUGAAGGAGAAAUUGGAAAGAACCCAGAUGAGGAAGAUAACACAUUUUAUCAAAGACUGAAGUCUAUGAAGGAACCACUAGAAGCACAAAAUAUUCCAGACAGUUUUGGAAAUGUGCCUCCGGAAAUGAAGCCAGUUCGACAUUUAGCCUGGGUUGCCUGUGGUUAUAUAAUAUGGCAAAAUUCUACUGAAAAUACAUGGUAUAAAAUGGCAAAAAUUCAAACUGUCAAGCAAGUGCAAAGAAAUGAUGACUUCAUUGAGUUAGACUACACCAUUCUACUUCAUGACAUUGCAUCUCAGGAGAUUAUUCCUUGGCAAAUGCAAGUUCUCUGGCAUCCACAAUAUGGUACUAAAGUAAAACAUAAUAGCCGUCUGCCAAAGGAAGCACAAUUGGAAUAAAUGAAGACCGUAACACUGGAUGACAUAUAAACAUGCUUAUUAAUGAUGUGUCUACCAGUCUUUACUGAUAUCUAACUUAAAGGGUCAGACAAAUCCCCAAAAUGUCACUUUGUAUCAAUGGCCUGAACUACAGAACUAUAUAACUUCCAUAAUAAAGAACAUCACAGUGUAAAAGUGUCUUAUCAACAGUAACAGUGCUAUGUAUAUCCCCUAAUAAAAAGCUUUAAAUUUCA